AUGGAUGACGAUGACGAUGACGAUGAAAGUGAGACAGAUAAUGAAAGUAUCGAUAUUGCACCACCAAAGCCAAAAGUUGUAUCAGCUAGUAAAAGAAAUGAUGUUAGGAUAGCUGGUCUAAAUGCUCUUCCAGACGAUAAAACAGAAGAACAAUCCCUGCUAUUAGAAGAGGAGGAUGUACAAAUUACUAUUACAGCCUAUAAAUAUAGUCGGCUCCAACUGCUUAUAUAUCGCGUUUGCUCCCUUUUAACAUUGGGCAUUAUACCACUCGUUUGUCGCUGGAUUCCUAAAUUUUAUGUUGCAUGGAUCGGUGUAAAAGUACCAUUGAAAAAUGCUGAAUGGCUUGUAUUUGAGAGUGAAUACAAAGAGAUUGAGAUUAUCAGGCCCUUUAGGGAGUGGUACAAUGGAUCAAUAGGUUCAGUAUUCUGCUAUGACCAAAUUAAAGAAGAGCUUGCUCAAUACAAUUUGGAUAUUGGUGAAUCACAACAAUUAUUAAAUAUGAACGAACAAAUCAGUCAGUUGAUGCUUGUUGACUAUCGAUAUAAUCGUUUUGCUUAUCAUCCAUUAUUGCAUAAAUUUUUAAAUAUCGGGUUUUGGAAAGAUCAAACAUGGACUACUACCAAGAAUCUCAAAUCUGGACUAUUAGCCGAGAAAUAUCACGCGAGAUUAUCAGUUUUUGGACCUAAUUUAAUCAACAUUAGAGAAAAACCAACAUCAAAAUUGCUAACGGACGAAGUACUGAAUCCAUUUUAUGUAUUUCAAAUUGGCUCAAUCUUAUUAUGGAGCAUGGAUGAUUAUUAUUAUUAUGCAUUCUGUAUCUUCUUGAUCAGUGCAUUUAGUAUCAUUCAGACCCUAAUUGAAACCAAGCAGACAAUGAAAAGAAUGAAGGAUAUGUCCUUUUUCGAAUGUUCUGUCAGAGUAUUUAGAAGUGGUUCAUGGCAAAAUAUUAGCUCAGUGGAAUUAGUACCUGGUGACUUAUUUGACAUUACUCACAUACAUACCGUUCCUUGCGAUGCAAUGCUUGUUUCGGGCGAUUGUAUCCUGAACGAAUCCAUGUUAACUGGCGAGUCUGUUCCAGUUUCGAAAGUACCUAUUAACGAUACAACACUACGCAAAAUGAAUUUAUCAUCGUCCAGUAUACCAGCAGAAAUAUCCAAGCAUUUUUUAUUUAUGGGCACCAAAAUGGUACGAGUGAGAGGAACAGAUAAUAUCUCAACAGCGACUGCCAUUGUUGUAAGAACUGGUUUCAAUACAGCAAAAGGUGCACUUGUUCGGUCGAUGCUUUUCCCGAAACCUAACAAUUUCAAAUUCUAUAGAGAUUCCUUUAGAUUUAUUGGUGUAUUAUCUAUUAUAGCUAUUAUCGGUUUUUUGAUUUCAUCUGUCAAUUUUGUGCGCCUAGGAAUAGACACAACAACAAUGAUCUUGCGUGCAUUGGAUCUGAUCACGAUUGUUGUACCGCCAGCAUUACCAGCUACACUAUCCAUCGGUACGAGUUUUGCCAUUGGCCGAUUGCGAAAAUUGGGUAUCUUUUGUAUUUCGCCUCCUCGAGUCAAUAUCAGCGGUAAAAUUGACUGUAUGUGCUUUGACAAGACAGGAACAUUAACAGAGGAUGGAUUGGAUAUUCAUGGGAUAAGGGCAGUUGUUACUACUGCUAAUCAUCGAAAACUUUUUGAUGAAGAAUGCCAAACGAUCGCUCAAGUUGAUCCCAACAAUGACGAUGAUCCUACGUCCACAAAGACCAAAGUAUUACGCACUAUGACAACUUGUCACUCUCUUAAAAUAGUAAAUGGCGAGCUUUUAGGCGACCCUCUCGAUCUGAAAAUGUUCGAGUUCACCAGAUGGGAGUUGGAAGAGAGUGGUGGAGCAGCGAUCGCUGUAGCAGCAGCGUCAUCAUCUAAGAGUACCAAGCGUCGAAGUGAUUUGGCUUUGGAAACAAAAAAGAGUGCCAAAGUUGGCAUUGUACCUACCGUUGUUCGGCCUCCUGGUGUUAGUAGACAGGAAGAGGUCAAUAUAUUGCAACAACAAGAAGAGAGUAGUGCACCACCGCCUAUUGAAUUUGGCAUCAUCCAUACAUUUGAGUUCGUUUCUUCUUUAAGGAGAAUGAGUGUCAUUGUUCGUAGACUUGCAAGUCCAACCAUGGAAGUGUUCGUAAAGGGCGCUCCUGAAGUGAUGAAAGAUAUCUGUACGCCAGAAUCGAUGCCUGAAGAUUUCAAUGAAAGACUUUACAAGUAUACACAUUGUGGUUUCCGUGUCAUUGCGUGUGCCUCCAGACAAUUAUUAGGCGUCAAGUAUCACAAGCUUCAUAAAUUGAAAAGACAUGAAGUAGAGACAGGCUUAACAUUUUUGGGGUUCAUUGUCUUUGAAAACAAGCUGAAGCCUCGUACAACGUCAGCCAUUACCACUCUACGUACUGCUGGAAUCAGACAAAUCAUGUGCACAGGGGACAACGUCUUAACCGCAAUUAGCGUGGCCCGAGAAUGUGGACUCAUCGAUCAAGCAGCUGAAAUCUAUACCCCUCGAUUUUUGAAGGGUUCAUCAACAGACCCAGACUCUGAGCUUUGCUGGGAAAGUGUUGUAAAAGAAGGAGACGAAUUAUCUAAAGACACUUUACAGCCCCAUACUAGCAUUGCUCUUAAUGAUCGCUACGCUUCGUACGGUCAACAAGAAUAUUACUUGGCAAUCACGGGUGAAGCUUUUCGUUGGAUGGUAGAUCAUGCGCCUACAGAAGCCCUUCAACGAAUGCUUGUGAAGGGCGCUAUUUAUGCUCGUAUGUCACCUGAUGAAAAAGCGGAACUUGUUAAUGAGCUGCAAAGCAUUGGGUAUUGUGUGGGUUUCUGUGGCGACGGCGCAAAUGAUUGUGGUGCAUUGAAAGCAGGAGACAUUGGCAUAUCUUUAUCUGAAGCGGAAGCAUCUGUUGCAGCUCCUUUUACUAGCAACACUAUGGACAUCGAAUGUGUUAUUGACGUGAUCAAGGAAGGAAGGGCUGCGUUAGUUACCAGUUUCAGCUGUUUCAAGUAUAUGGCGUUAUAUAGUCUUAUUCAGUUUACUUCUGUUACACUUCUAUACGCCUUCGGUAGUAACCUAGGCGAUUUUCAAUUCUUGUACAUCGAUUUAUUUCUGAUUCUACCUAUUGCUGUGUAUAUGGGGCAUACAGCUGCAUGGCCGUAUCUUCAUAGAAAACGCCCAACAGCAAGCCUAGUUUCGAAAAAGGUUUUAACAUCGUUGUUGGGACAAAUUCUGAUAACUUCAACAUUUCAAUGCGUCUCCUACUGGGCUGUGCAUCAACAAUCGUGGUACGAACCUCCCACAUUCGACCCCGAUGGGCAAAAUAUCCUAUGUUACGAAAACACUGUUCUAUUCCUUGUUUCAAGCUAUCAAUAUAUGCUUGUUGCUGUCGUAUUCAGUGUUGGGCCACCUUAUCGAAAACCUCUUUGGACAAAUGAUAGAUUGGUUUUGACAUUAAGUAUCCUAAUUGGCCUUACUUCUUGGUUCGUUCUAGCCCCGCCAGCUUUCGUGCUGGAUUGGAUGGAGCUGAAAGUCCUACCGUUGUCCUUCAGGUGGUUUAUCUUAUUUUUAAUCACCCUGAAUCUCCUUAUCAGUUUACUUUGCGAAAAAUACGUUUUUGGUCACCUUUUGGAAGUGUUUCCCAAGCUGUUGAGCAAAAUACUGCCACGUCGUUCCGGUGGAUACUUCCUCCUUAAUAAUGGUAAUAAUACCAGUCAUAACGGAAAGAUCUACUAUAGAAUAAUGGACGAAAUGGGGCUACAUGAAAAUUAAUAAUGCUCUACACUGCACUAUGUUUCAAAUGGAAUAAAAUAAGCUUGAAAAACUCACUCAAGCCUUGCAUUUUUCUUCAUCGUAUAACAGUUCGUUUGCAUCAGCUUGCAGUAGAAGGAGUCUACAAAGCACCUACAUUAUACUUUUGAGGGCUUUUUUUUUUUCCCUCAAUAUUAGAGUGU